AUGAGCUACGUCACCAUGUGGGCAGAACUCCGCAUCCUCCAAGCAACUGGAAUAAAAGUAAUGGGAAUGCUUGGUGGGGCAGCCAAAGGUUCAUUCACUCGACUCGACCAAGACGAAGCCACAUUCGAACUUUACUACGUCCCUUUACGGAACCUUAUCCGUGAGCGUGGCCUCGAUGGUUUAGAUCUCGACGUUGAGGAGGAGAUGAAUCUGGCUGGAAUAAUACGAUUGAUUGACCGACUAAAAGCUGAUUUCGGGCGUGGAUUUAUCAUUACGCUCGCGCCUGUGGCUGCGGCACUGAUAUCUGAACGGCCUGAACAUAAUUUGAGUGGGUUUAAUUAUGAGGCUUUGGAGGUUAUGAGAGGAAGUAGUAUUGAGUGGUAUAAUACGCAGUUUUAUUGUGGAUGGGCGAUAUAGUAAGACGGCUGGAUAUGAUAUGAUGAUGAUGAGGGGAUGGCCUGCACAUAAAGUUGUGGUGGGUAUGGUUACCAAUCCGGGGAAUGGUAAUGGAUGGGUACCGUUUGAGCCACUCCGAGAAGUACUUCUUAAUCUGAAGUCCAGAUACCCUACAUUUGGUGGUGUUAUGGGUUGGGAAUACUUCAAUUCUUUACCAGGGGAUAAAGAUAGACCAUGGGAGUGGGCGGCUUGGAUGACCAAGGUUCUGGGUAAAUUACCGAUAUCCACACCUUCGGGGGUACGAGUACAAGUGCUGUGGCAGAUAAACAGAAGCCACCAACAACAAUGUAGAUGAUGAUCUCCAGGGGGAUGCUCCUUUACCUGCGGAAUUUGAGUACCAUUCCGAGGGACUUUGGGAAGAUUAA